CUCCGAUUCCCUAGAACGGUUCUCGGGCAGCCCGACUGGGCAUGCUCAGUAGCCCCGCAGGUUUGGGCUGCAAGUCUGAAGCUCUACCUGCUCCCAGUGGCCGGGUUAGAGAGCGAGGAAGGCAGGGAGAGGGCAGCUUGCGGCAGAGGCGACCGCGAAGCAUCCCCGGUGCAGCCUCGUAGGUGUGCCCUCGGCCGCUGUGCGACCGGAUAAACCUCCUCUGGCGUGUGCGGGUCGGACUCCAUGAAGCCGGCCCGAGGGCUCGGGAGCCAGCCGGUCGGCCCCUGCUAUGGCUGGGGGAGAAGAGGCUGAGGUUGCAGGGAGCCAGCCCGCCGUGGCUGCAACUGCAGAGAAGCUGUUGAAAUUAUUAUGGACCAUCUACAAAGCAGAAUGGAAGAUGGUGAGCAAGUCAAAAUGAAGUCCUUCAGAGAAGCUCACAGUCAGACAGAAAAACGGAGGAGAGAUAAGAUGAAUAACUUAAUUGAAGAACUAUCUGCCAUGAUCCCUCAAUGCAAUCCUGUGGCCCGUAAGCUGGACAAACUGACUGUAUUGAGAAUGGCUGUUCAGCAUUUGAAGUCCUUAAAAGGCUCAACCAGUUCUUAUGCAGGAGAUAAUUACAAGCCUACAUUUAUACAGGAUGAUGAGCUGAGACAUUUAAUCCUUAAGGUUGCAGAUGGGUUCCUAUUUGUUGUUGGAUGUGAUCGAGGAAAAAUUCUCUUUGUUUCAAAAUCAGUCUCCAAGACACUUAAUUAUGAUCAGGCAACUUUGACUGGACAAAGCUUAUUUGACUACUUACAUCCAAAAGACGUUGCCAAAGUAAAGGAACAGCUUUCUUCUUCUGAUAUUUCACCAAGAGAGAAGCUGAUAGAUGCUAAAACUGGCUUUCAAGUCCAAGCAAGUUUACCUGCUGGAACAACUCACCUAUAUUCUGGUGCAAGACGGUCCUUUUUUUGUCGGAUAAAAUCUUGUAGACCAUCAAUUAAAGAAGAACAGGAAUGCUUAUCCAACUCAAACAAGAAAGAUCACAGGAAGUUCUAUACUGUUCACUGCAUGGGUUAUUUGAGAAGUUGGCCUCUGAGUGUGGUAGGCCUGGAAGAAGAGAAUGACAACCAGAAAGACAGCAGUAACUUUAACUGCCUUGUGGCCAUUGGAAGAUUACAUCCUUAUAUUGUCCCACAGAGGAGUGGGGAAAUCAAAGUCAAACCAACAGAAUUUAUUACCCGCUUUGCCACAAAUGGAAAGUUUGUCUAUGUGGAUCAACGGGCAACAGCAAUUUUAGGCUAUCUUCCACAAGAACUUUUGGGAACUUCUUGUUAUGAAUACUUCCAUCAAGAUGAUCACAGUAAUCUAACCAACAAACACAAAGCAGUCUUGCAGAGUAAGGAGAAAAUCUUUACUGAUUCUUACAAAUUCAAAGCAAAAGAUGGCUCAUUUAUAACUUUAAAAAGCCAGUGGUUUAGUUUCAUAAACCCUUGGACCAAAGAACUGGAAUACAUUGUAUCCAUCAACACAUUAGUUCUGGGAUGUAGAGAGUCCAGAGAAACAGCAUUGCUGACUUGCAGUUCACAAUCAUCGGAAGAUGCUUCCAGACAGUCUUUUAUUAGUGUGCCUGGAAUAUCUACAGGAACAGUCCUUGGUGCUGGUAGUAUAGGAACAGAGAUUGAAAAUGAAGUCCUCGACUUGCAGAGGUUACAUUCUUCUCCAUCUCUUACUGAUUCAAGUCCAACAAAUGCCAGAGACUCUCCAGCAGUUAACUGCAGUAAUGUGCCAAACAAAGAACUGAUUCAGUUAUGUUCUUCUGAAAUAGGAAACCAUGAGCCUUCAGGGCAAAGCCUUGGCAUUAUUUCUUUCUCCAGCAAUGAACCACUGCUCAGUGACAACUCUCAGCUGGAUUUUGAUGCAAUGUGUGAAAAUGAUGACACUGCCAUGGCUGCCUUCAUGAAUUAUUUAGAAGCAGAAGGAGGUCUGGGGGACCCAGCUGAUUUUAGUGACAUCCAAUGGACACUCUAGCUCUUGUCUUUCUCUACAAAUGAGUAGUGUAUAAAAAUGUUUCAUAUACAACAACUGUAUAUUCCUCAGUACUGUAUUAAUACUAUUUUUAUCUUUCAUUCAAGUUAUUGAUCUACUGAUUUGUACUGAAUUGCAACUUGCUGAUGAAGAAAUAGGUGAAAAGCUGCAGUUUUUCUACCACUGGAGAACCUCAGAGUUUAUUACUAAUCCUUUAUAGAAUGAGAUUGCUUAUGUCCAUGGAUUGGCUAUUUUUUGCUAAAACGUUCUUAUCUCCCAUUCCCCCAAAUGUGCAUUGUAUUAAGUAUCUGUGUUCUUUGUAUGAUAUUACUUGGUUAUUUCUUUGUGUGAUAUUUGAAUUCAUGAGAUUAAUUAUAUCACAUAUUUUUCUUUUCUUUUUGGAUCGCUGAUAAGGGCAAGCUUGUAUUAUUUGAUAUAUUUUUAAUACUUGAAUGUGUAGCUCUUAAUUGAUACUGAGGUUUACAAGCUAUAAGGACAAGGUGAGUACCACAGAAUUAAAGGAGAAUGCUAUUUGUAGCAUAAUCACACAGGAUACAGUAUACACACUUUAUGGACUAGUAUAUAAACAAAGUCAGGAGAAAGAGGCUGAAUCUGGUGCUCCAAGUUAGAUUCAGAGGAGGGGAAUACAAAAACACACAAUUUAGAGUCAGAGAACCUGGAUUUGAAACCCAGCUCUUCAGUAACUGAGCAAAUCACUUCAUCUCUCCAGGUCUCCUUUCCUUCAUCUUGAAAACGAAGGCUUAAGAGAGUUUGUCUCUAGCUCAGAAUUCUAGGCUUCCAAGUAAAAUUACUUCUUAAUGAAAGCUUGCAAAAAGUAUAGAGAAAUUUGAUGUUUUAUUCACAGAUUGUUUUUUUUUUAAGAGCCUUUUUAAGGUGCCUUAAAGCCAGGCUGUUAAUUUCUUUCUAUAUGUAAAUCAGUAGACUCUGCUUUAUUUAAUAUUCCUAUUGUUCAAUUUGGGGUAUGGAAUUAUUGAUACAUGAAUUUUUAGAGCUAGAAGGCGUUUUAGUGUUUCCUUCUCUUUAUAUGUAAAGAAGUUCUAGGUCAGAGAAAUUAAGAUUAAAUUACUUGUCCCAGGAUAUAUAUCAAACAAGUCAUCUUUUUUUUUUUUAAGGCAAUGGGGGUUAAGUGACUUGUCCAGGGUUACACAGCUGGGAAGUGUCUGAGGCCAGAUUUGAACCUAGGAUCUCCUGUAUCUAGGCCUGGCUCUCAAUCCACUGCCAUACCCAGCUGCCCCCUAACAAAUCAUCUUUUGAAAAAUAUUUGUACAGAAAGUAGUGACUUGUGACUUUCCAUGUUGAGAAAAGAGCAGGACUCACUAACCAAACCAGGAGCUUUUCAUUGUCUUCCUUACAUUCAUGAGAAUAAGUUGUAACUCUUUCUCUUCAGAGUAACACAAAAAAUAGUACCAUUUUUAGAUAUUGAAAGAAAAUUCAUGAGAAACUCAAGUUUAACAAAAAUAUAUCACAUAGAAAAAAGUGAGGCAGAGUGGAUAGAGUUGGCCUUAGAAUCAAAGUGACAUGGGAUAAGUUCCACCUCUGACACAUAUUGUGACCUGGUCAAGUAGCGUAACUUCUCCAUGGUCCAGGCAACUCUCUAAGACUUUUAAGUGUCAGAGCAAUUGCUAGUAGACCUUGUCAAAGUGAGUUUCUUCAAUGGAAAUAAUUAAUUCAUGUUCAUUGAUUAAUUGAUUGAAAAAGGAGAUGCCUCCAUGGAUGAAAUCAGAGACUCUGACAAUGGAAUAUGUUAUUAUUGGCUUUCAUUCAGAGGAGCAAUGUUUAGGAGCACAUCUUUAACCUUUGGAGAGGAAUUGUGGAAAGUCACUUUGUCAAAAACUUCCCAUUGACAGAGAAAGAACUUUGACCUAGUUAGAGUAAUGGCUUGACCUAGUGUGGGAUUUCUUCUUCUUCUUCUUCUACAGGCAUUCAAUUUCCAUUUUUACAAGGAGAAAUAUGAAGUAAAGAUUCUGAGUAACGGUAAAGAUUAACAAAAAUUCUUUUAAAAUAUAAAAGACAUCAUUGCCAUGAGGGGGAGGACAAGUCUGCACAUAAUUCUUGGAAAAACACCUUGCUGUUACAGGAUCUUAAUAUGUGUUACUAGGUAUGCAAAGGCCCAGUCAUUUUCAGGCACAGAAAAUUUCUAGAGCCCUGGGUUUGACCUGAGACAACCUGAACUAUAUUGUCAUGCCUGAAGGUGGACCAAAGGAUCCCAUUUGGUCGGUGUGUUUAUCCAGCGCUCCAUGAGCUACUGACCCCGACCAGGGUGUGGCUGAAUCUGAAUGGAUCAUGACUGGGUAGCUUCUUGAAAGGCUCAUGGUGCCAGACUUGAAGUAGGGUAUGGCAGACCACUGCUUUACCUGUGCCACAAAACUUUUCCUCCUUCAGAAAUAGAGGUUUCAUAUAGGCCUUUGGGAAACCAACCAGUUGCUUUCUGGAGUAAUUAUCAAGAUUUGUAAAGCACUUUACAAUUAUCUCAUUUUAUCCUCAUAACAAUCCUAGGAAAUAGGUGCUGAUUUUAUCCCCAUUUUACAAAUGAGGAAUCUAAGGCUGACAAAGAUUAAGUGACUUGUCUGGGGUCACACAGUAAGUAUCUGAGGAUGAAUUUGAACUCAGGUCUUCUUAAAUCCAGGUCCAACACUUUAUCAACUGUGCCACUUAAAUUGUCUCUUAGUAGGUGACCCAUUACUCUAUCCUCCAGUCUUACAUAGGACACAUCUCCCAUAGAUCCUCUGGCUCUAUAAGCAGAAGCAUUUUCUUGAACGAUGCAUGGUAUAAUACUGUCUUAUCACUGCUGGUAGGGGGAUUUUUCUGGAAAGGUGUAUAUUAAUUAUAUAUGUCCUUGGUUAGAAGAAAGUGGGAAAUUUAUAUGACUUUAAAUUUAUUAUUUCUUUCCUACUGCAAAUGAUGAACAUGUUAUAUUUUGGUGGAAAACAACAUACAACUUUAUAUUAUGCUGUAUAUUAGAGUAGAAUUAAAAGUUGGGAAAUCUGCAAUGUGAUACUAGCUCUGUAAUUAGUUUGGCUAUGUGACCUGAGACAAGCCACUCUAAGCCUCAGUUUCUUCAUUAGUAAAAAACAAUCAGGUCAGCCAAAAUGACCUCUAUAAUGCUUUAUCAUUAUAACACAAAGGACUUGGAUAUUGGGGUCAGAAUUCAUUGUAUCUCUGAAGAAGUUAUGUUAAUCAGGUGGACUAAAAGAAUAGUUCAUAUUAUUUAUUAUGAAUAACAAUUCUAUGAAGCAUUAGUUUGAGAUUAGACCUCAUGUGGUACCCAGUCAGGCUAUAAAUGCAUAACUCUUCAUGUGCCAAUUUUUUGUAAAGAGCUAGCUAAAAUUAUUGAAGGUUAAGCCAUUUGAAAAUUAUCAUAUUUUUUUAACAGGAUGGAUGAGCAAAUAAAAUUUAAGGCAUAUCAUGUCUCUUCGUAGUAUACCUAAUUUACUUAAAAGUGAUUGAGGAAAAAAAGAAAAA